ACUGCAGUGAUCCCUUUGACUUUUUUCUUAGCCCUGUUCAUAUUUCUUUUAAAAGACAUGGUGGAUAUAAAUGAGUCCUCAGUAUCCGAUUUCAUCCUCGUGGGACUGUUUCCCGAGUUUCAGCAUUCCAUUAUCCUGAACUCCAUGAUCAUCUUUGUCUACAUACUUGCCUUCCUGGGUAACAUACUUUUGAUUGUCCUGAUUUCUGGGGACUCCCGACUUCAUACACCCAUGUAUAUUCUCCUUAGUCAGCUCUCUCUCAUUGACUUAACAUUAACUUCCACCAUUGUACCAAAGAUGGCCUAUAACUUUUUCACAGACAAAAGGACCAUCUCCUGGAUCGGCUGUGGAACCCAGAGUUUCUUUUUCCUGAUGCUGGCAAUGUCUGAGUGCCUCAUCUUGACUCUGAUGGCGUAUGAUCGCUAUGUGGCUGUCUGCAACCCACUACGUUAUUCCAUCAUCAUGAGCCCCAGGUUCUGUCUGCACUUGGUUGCUGCCUGUUGGAUUGGAGGUUCUAUCAGUUCAUUUGUACAUACAGUCUACCCCAUGCAUUUCCCCAUCUGUGGAUCCAGGGAGAUCCACCACUUCUUCUGUGAAGUUCCUGUGCUCAUUAAGCUCUCCUGUGAAGACACUUCAGUGUAUCAGUUAGUUGUGGUGGUGACAAGCAUCGCGCUGCUUGUUGUCCCCUUCAGCCUCAUCACAACUUCUUAUACUCUUAUUUUCCUCACUGUUCUCCGUAUGAACUCUGUCAAGGGCAGGAAAAAGGUUCUGGCCACAUGUUCUUCCCACUUAACUGUAGUGAGUCUUUUCUUUGGCCCGAACAUCUUCAUCUACAUGACUUUCACUUCCUCUCACAGUCCAGAGCAGGAUCAGGCUCUCUCUGUUUUCAGCAAUAUCCUCACUCCGAUGUUAAACCCUCUCAUCUACAGCCUGAGGAACAAGGAAGUGGUAGCAGCUCUCAGGAAGCUGGCAGGGAGAUGUGUGGUCUCCUAG